UUUCUUUUUGCUCUUCUCCUCGGUUGUUGACUAAAUCCUUUUUUUUCAUCGCACAAGCAUGUCCACGACAGCAUAUCGCACAGCAGCUUGGCUCUGGGGUGGAGCUCGGCGAUAUACAAAUGCUGGAUACGAACGAGCAGCCGCAUCCUUCAACGCAGGUGACUUGGACGUUACCGUUCGCGUGGAAGGACGCAGUUUCAUGGUGACGGGCGCCAACUCUGGCAUCGGAUACGCAACCUGUCGCGAGAUUGUCCUGCGCGGCGGAGUGCUGCACAUGGUGUGCCGAAAUCCUGAACGUGCCGAAGCCGCUCAACGCAAAUUGCUGGAAGAAACAAAGGUCUCACCUGCCAUGGUCGAGGUGCACAUCUUGGACAUCUCGUGUAUCAAGGAUGUAGCACGAUUUGCGCAAGAAUUCUGCGCCAGCGGCAAGCCGUUGCAUGUGUUGAUUAACAACGCUGGAUGCAUGGUGCGCGAGCGGCAGACGACUUCCGAGGGCCUCGAAGUCAAUUUUGCCACCAACACUUUGGGACCGUACGUUCUCACAACCGCGCUGAUCCCUGUUCUUGCCAAGGCACCAAACGCUCGUGUUUUGAAUGUCUCGUCCGGUGGAAUGCUGCUGGUGAAACUUGACAUGACAGACCCCCAGCUGGAGCGCCCGACAAAGUUUGAUGGUCAAAUGGCGUAUGCUCACAACAAGCGUCAGAUGAUGGUGAUCAUGGAUCACUGGGCCAAAGUGCAUGCGAGCGACGGAAUCUCCUUCUACUCGAUGCACCCUGGCUGGGCAGAUACGCCUGCCGUUCGAGAAUCGAUGCCCGACUUUCACAAGUUCUGGAAAAACAAGUUGCGAACCGAAGAGCAGGGUGCAGACACGCUUGUCUUUCUGGCAAUCAGUGGUAGUGUCACACCCGAGCAAAGUGGAGAGUUUUUUGAAGAUCGUGCCGUCACCUCCAAGCAUCUGUCGCUCUGUCGCACACAAUCCACGCCUGCAGAGGAAGAGCAGCUUGUUCAAUAUGUCUCCGAGUUGGCCUCGAAAUUGACUGCUUAGGUGAUUUCCCACGUCCCAAAAAAAAAAAAAAAAAAAAAAAAGCGAUACCCUCCCAGCCAUGAUGAUGCACUUUAUGCACAACUGAUUGUUGGCGCGUUUGGUAAUUGUGCAUAAACUCUGUGUGAAAACAAACACCAUUCUUCAAAACAA